AUGCUUUCGAGCCUUCUCUUCGUAAUUUCUUUGCUGAGUGCGUCUGUUGUCGCACAAUCUUCUUCGACUGUAGUUUGUAUUGCUGGGCAAUGCUUGCAGGGUUUGACGAACAUAACGAUUGGUGCAACGAUUUCAGCACCUGGGGCGCCAACCAGCAUUCACCUGCUGCCCGGCCAGUACACGUCUUUAACGAACCCUCAGCUCCUGCACAAUCUCCUCACCGCACCGUCAGCUUCGCUCACGUCAUCCCCUGGCUUUGAAUCUUCGUCUUCGUCUAUUUCCCUGCCUUUGAACUUGGCCCUUGAGCCGGGUCUUGCCAUUUACUCUGACAUACGCUUCAGCGGCCCGGCCGCUUUUUCUCAGCUCCCAUCAUCCUCCAUCGCAAACUCCUCCGUGCCAUUGGCAGCCAAAUCUUUCGCCAUCUCGACGAACGUUUGGGCGUCCAUCCGAUCCUCUUCCGAAGAACGCAUUGUAUUCUGGGACACUGUCCCGGAUGUCACGCAACUCCCCGCGGACGCCUUAGGUUCACUUGCCCUUCUGGACCUCCAGUCUUCGGCUUGCUCCCCGCCAUGUGCAGGGACGGGUGUUUGCUCUGCAUCAGGCACUUGUGCUUGCCCCAGCGGAUUCACUGGUUCUGCUUGUGAAUCCUGCGCGCCUGGUUUCUUCGGACCGACUUGUCAGGCGUGUCCAACAGGUUGCACAUCUUGCGACGAAGGGGUGUCCGGGACCGGUCGGUGCCUUACCCCUUUGCUUCCCAGUAACGCUCCCUCGACGUGCAAUUGCCUCAAUGGUAUCUGUGGCUCAGACGGACAGUGCGCAUGCAAUGACGGCUGGACGAACGCAGACAACGGAACUGCGUGUGCCAAGUGUUCAGCUGGCUUCUUCCUCACAAGCACUAGCGACUGUAAAGUCUGCCAAGCUGGCUGCACUCAAUGUGCCGACGGUACAGGUGCAUGUUUAACCUGCAAGACUGGUUUCACGAAAGACGCCAACGAUCCAACAAAGUGCAACCCAGUGCAAACGCCUAUUCCUUCCGGAGACGUGUGUCCCUUGCGCAGCUUCAAUGAUGGAACCAACUGUGCUCUCUGCUCGCCUUCGUGUCAAUCGUGCACCGGUCCCUCGUCAAACGACUGUGCUAUUUGCGUGUCUGGACAAUAUUUGCUUAAUGGUGCCUGCGUUUCGGCAAACAGCGAUGGCGUCUGCCAGGGUUCUAAAAUGAUCGCAGAUAAUAACAAAUUUGAAUGUGAUACUUGCGGAGCCAAGUGUACUACCUGCAAAAUUCCGAACUUCAGUAUUGCGUCCACCGCUAGUCAACGUCAGUGUACCGGGUGCCUUCCCGGAUUUGUGUUAUCAGAUGGAGAAUGUGUUGCGAGUUGCCCUACUGGUUUCUUCGUUUCACCCCAGGAUAACUUGACCUGCACACGGUGUGACGCCUCUUGCAUCUGUCUCUCGGAGCUUGUGGCGGUUCCCCAGCCCAGCGGGACGAGUACCCCAGCGCCACUCCCGUCGAUCACUGGGCUCACCAACCCAACUGUGAUCGAAAACGAGACGAGAAGGCCUCUAGAGUGGUGGCAGAUCCUGUUGAUGGCGCUGGGCUGCGCGUUCAUCUUCGUCCUUGUGCUGAUGCUGUGGAGACGUCAUGCGCGCAAACAGCGAGCGAAGCGCACAGCGAUGUUCGCGCAGUCGAAAAAACUCGAUGACCGAAACAGUUGGAAGUGGAGGCUCGUGAGGUUCGGGGAGAGGUUAUUCGGACACCGCCCCAGCCGACGCGUAAUACCAGAGAGCGAGGACAUCAAGCUACUGAAGCUACGCCAGGCUGAGGAAGCGCGACGUGACCACGAUCUUGAGAAGCUCAUCGAUUCUUAUGGUGAUCCGACUCCCGGUGGACCUAGUGGAGGCUCAUCAUCUGACCCCCAUGCGAGUAGUGGGCGCCGUAGAAGCCAUCUUGCCGCGAAUUCUCUUUACUCGGAGGCAACGGGAAUACCCCGCCGAUCUCCGGACGUUCGACAGCCCGUCAAAGACUACCGUGCUUCAGCUCGCAUGUCCACGAGCACCUACAGUUCGUAUAUGUAUCGCUCGAAUGGACCUCGCGUUGAGAAGGACUCAGACAUACCACCUGUCCCGACUGAAGCACAGGUCUAUGCCACGGCCAUGAAGCCUGUGCUGGCAACAUCGCCACCUGCUACGCAAGGAUCGUACUGGAUACAGCCGGUGGCAACUGGUUCGUCCAACAACCCCUUCCGCAAAUGA